AUGGACUCGUUCUUCACAGGUUUCGUUCAUUCUCUAGGAAACUUCUUUGGUUCUCCGCUUGACUUUCUAUCUGGAAAAUCUUGCAGUUCGCUCUGUCCAUCACCGUGGGAUGUGCUAUGCUACGUAGAGAAUUUCUGUGUUGCUAGUCUUGCGAAAGCCGCAUUGAUCCUAAUCGUAGCCUACUUGUUUCUCUUCUUCAUCUACAUGUUGUACAAAAUUGGUUUCUGGCAUUGUAUCAUCCACGGUUUCUUCGGCUUCCUCUGGGCUUUAGUCUCUUGUUGGUUCUACAUUCUUAGUAAUUGCUGCACUUUCUUCUGCUAUGAUCUGCUACACAUCAAACGUAGAAGAAGACGUAGAAACCGCAGAUAUACAGAGGAAGACGCUGAUGAUUAUAGUGACGAAGACAAUGAUGAUGAUGAUGAUGAGUCGUUUAGAUACCAUAGGUCGAGACGAGAAAUGAGGAAAGAAGAGCGCCUUAGAAAGUCUCUGAGACCGAGGAGCCAUCGUGUUAGUGUUGGUGUGAGGAAAGAGCAUCCUUCUUCUGACUCUGGUUUGAGCCAACAUGUUGGUGGUGGUGUUGGUCCGGUUCAUGGUAUUAGAGUGAGCAGAGAGUCUAAGUUCGCACGGAAAGGUUCAAAACGAAGAUCUCGAGUUCACCAUGGUCCUCGCAGAACCUGAAGAAAUAAAUAUGCCAGUCUCCAAAAGUACAUGCUUUUCUCAUUUGCGUUUGUUGUUUGAUAUUUAUUUUGGAAUCUUUGCUUAAACAAAGACAGCCCAGUGGACUGCUA